GAACAAUCCAAAAGUGAGUAUAGACUGUCAAAUAUUUGCACAAAUAUGUAAUGGGAUAAAAUUUUAUUAUUCUUACACACCUAACAAACUUGAAGGCAUUAUCAUCACAAGCAGAACGAGUGCCUAAGAACACGUGGCAGCAUCUUCGCCGUUCAAUAUCAUCUUUUUUUACGCAGGCCCAUCGUUAAAUAUUAAAAUGGCGCCAAUUGGUAGGCAGCCAGCCUCCAUUAAUAUUCCCCUUUUAUAAACCAGAAAAAUCCGCAGCCAUUAUCUUCUUCGCCAUUAUUAUCGAAUAAAAUCUCUAAAGCAUUUGUGCAUCGCAACUCAAUCAACCGGACCAGAGCACCCAGGAAAUCCGCUGUCCUGUCGAGAGGAGCGUUUGCGAGGACAGGAGGCGGCUGAGGACGAUGGCGGAGCCGGAGAACGGGCGCGGCGGCGCGGCGGCGGAGGAGGAGGAGAGGCUGUUGGUGGAGGAUGUGGCGGUGCUUGAUUUCGACAUGCUCUGCGCGACGGUGGCGAUGCAGGCGCACAAGGGGAAAUGGGGGAAAUUGAACGGGGGGAACGGAGAGGAUGAUUUUGCUGCCGAUUAUUAUCAAUACGGCGGCGGGGUGCACAGAAUGUGGGAGGGUGAGCUAGUUAAUGAUUGCUUGGACGAUCGCCGGAUCGCUCUCCAAUCCACCUGCUGUCCAUGCUAUAGAUUUGGUAAGAAUAUGAAACGAGCUGGCCUUGGUUCUUGUUUUCUUCAGGGAUUCAUUCAUCUGAUUCUUGCCAUCAUUGCCCUAUGCAAUCUGCUUGCAUUUGUAAUUACCAGAAGAUGCUACUUUCUGUACUUGGCCCUUACUUUUGUGCUCUCAGUUGGAAUAUAUCUGGGAUAUCACCGUAUGCAGAUGAGGAAAAAGUUCAAUAUAAAAGGCGAUGAUAGUUCUAUCGACGACUGUAUAUACCAUCUUAUCUGCCCAUGCUGCACUCUGUGUCAGGAAUCAAGGACAUUAGAGAUGAAUAAUGUCCAAGAUGGCACGUGGCAUGGCCGAGGGGACACAAUAUGUAUAGGAAGCUUAUCCGAGGAUACUAAACUUUGUUUGGAGUUGAGCCCACCUUUUGUUGUUUCAACAAAGUCUCCAGAAUUGUUGAGCAUGCAGAAAGCCUCGAAAAAUGAUAGCACGAAUUUUACUACGACUCAAGUAAAGCAUUCUUCUCUUUUGGUCCCACCGCUCGAUUGAGGAUCUUGUUUCAAUACAUUGCGCCACAAGACUAAGUUAAAAGUGCUCCGAGUUUUAGUUGGGGUGGUGAAAUGUUGUUUGAAAAUCUGGAAAAAAUGAAUAAAUUUCCUUUGCACGAAAAUAUGGUGACCAUGUCAAGAUAAUUGGUCCAGGCUUGAUGUACAUAUGUAGAUAUUGUUAACUAGGGCUGCAAAUGUAUGUAGACUUUAUAGAGUUUGUUGAGAUGUAACUUAUAAAGUAUUUAUUUUGCCUUUCUCCUUAAGAUAAACAUCUCACAUUAAGUUGUUGAACUCUAAAAUGUUAGCCAUGUAAUUAAGUUAUAAAGUUCGUAUAAAAAUCACUUCUUGAA